GUGCAAUAUAAAAUGUAAUCAUGUGAUGCCAAGCAUUAGAUUGAGUGGGUUCAAAAAGGAUUUGCACAAAGGAGAAAAAGAUAAUGUAUUUUAUCAAGCUAUACAGCCAGAUUGAAUUAUGUUUGUGCUAGCAGGAAAACAAAACAUGCUAUUUAUACGAAUGUGAAUUAAAUCUAGAAGAAGCUUACUAAAUUGAUGAUUAUAUAUAUUAUUGGUAGAGAUGACGUUUUCAUUCUUCGAUGAUAAAAAGAAAUGAUGAAGAAUGAAGAGUUUUGUGGUAGGGACUUCAUUAAAUAGUUGUCAUGUUUGACAUGAUUCUGAUAAAUGAUAAUCAUUCUUCUCUCUUAUCCUAAUUUAUAAAUAAAAAUGAGAGAUGGUGUGUGCACCAUUGUAUUUUUUGGUUUGCCAUACACAGCACAGUCUAAUAGUAAGGUAAUAUAUCUCAAGUCCUAGAGUAGCUAAGAUAACAUGUAAGCAUUAAUAUUCGUUUAUAAAUAUCACGCUAAAGUGAAAGGCGUGACCGUAUAGGUCAUGAGAUUAUGCACUAAACACAACGAGAUUAAGUAAAUUAAAUGUCCUAGUGAUUCAAUGAUUUCCUCAAAUUAUGGACCUUGUAUAAAUGGGUACAUAUAAUACAGUCAAGUUGAUAGACUAACAAAAACUAUUAUACGGUGUUAUUAAGGACAUUCAGACUUGUGUGUCUCUACAAGGAAGUUGACUAGUUGGUGGUCUAGUGUGAACUAAAGUGUUAGUAUUGAUACUCUUGAGAUUAAGACACAACAUCAAAAUCAUACCGUAUUUAUAAAUAAAUAAACACAACAAAUAAUAUAUACCGUCAAUAAAGUACUAUUUAAGCAACAUGCACAUACAGUUAGUUACAACUUACAAACUUGCAAAGCUUACAGCUACUAAUCAGCGAACUAUUAACUUCGAUACGUGAACUUGAUAAAGAAGUUAACUACUUUCCAAUGAAAGUAUAAGGGGAAAAGUUGUAUUUCCUAUAAUAGAAUAAAUAUUGGACCGACGACCUAUUGAUAUGAUUUGAUGUAUCAACAAUAUAUAUAAAUCACGGGAAAAAAUCGACUAUAUAAUAGAGCAUUUGAUUUGAAUGGAAGUCGCCUUAACGUCGUUAACUUGAUCUUCCCUAAAACAUAGCCCUUAAGUUCGUGAAAAAAUGCUUUUCACACCCUGUUAAUUAUCAUCCUUAUGUUGGUUGUGGAAAUUACAUGAGAAGUUAUGUAAUCGAUAAUAUGUUCUGUGUUACUGAUUCAUGACCAUGAGGUCCCUAAACAUAUCCACAAUAGGAAAACUAAAUACAAUCGAGAUAAGGAUAAGCUAAUAGAUAAGUCUAAGCUAGAUAUAUCGAAGUAUAUCGUAAUAUUACAUACUAUUUUUUGUGUAAAUCUAAGUGAUGAAAGAUAUAUGUAGUGAAAAAGUUGCGAAAUAUGCAAUUUUUUUUAGUGGAACGAGUUCUGACUUCUGAACAGAUCCUAAUUUUUCUCUAAACCGGGAAUCAGCAGGUGUGUAAUACUUAAUGACAUGACGUAAAAUCUCAUGGGAAUCGAACUAGGAAACAUGAUAUAUCCAUUUCGAAGCUAAACUACUAGUCCAAAGCCAACGCACCUUUAGAAGUUUGAAUCUGUAUACACUAUGUACAUCUUUCAUUACUGUCAAAAUUGCUUUACUUUUUAGAUGAACAUGCAACAUUAUGUCAUAUGAUAUUACAAACAAAUAUCAACGGAUAUCCACUAAAGAAAAGUUAUACGCUAAUCAUGUAAAUUGCCAUUAAUCUAUACUAUUAAAAGGGAAGCAUUCUUAAAAAAUUUACUUAUGCAUGUUAUUUGGACCUAUUAGUUAGACUAACACUAUAUAAUUCAGCUUAUUUUUAAGCCAAAAUAAUAUUCCAUACAUCAACUCAUAAUUUCCUUAAUGUAUAAAAAGAAGUAUUGUAACUAACAAUACUUUCUUAAAAAAUCUACUUAUGCAGGUUGUUUGGACCUAUUAGUUAGACUAACACCAUAUAAUUCAGCCUAUUUUUAAGCCAAAAUAAUAUUCCAUACAUCAACUCAUAAUUUCCUUAAUGUAUAAAAAGAAGUAUUGUAACUAACAACGAUAUUUUACCUAAAGAUUUUAUAAUUAUUUUCUUAAUACAGAAAAUAACUUAAGGAAAUAGUCAUAACAAACUGAUUAAUAUUAAUGUACAUAUUUUUAAAUAUUAAUGUCCCAUUUUAAAACUAAUUUAUUUAUAUAUGUAGUAGAAAAAAAUAUUAAAUUUUGAUGAAAUCUUAUUAAAAUUUGUAAUUUUUUUUAUUUUUAACUUGAAUUUGCGAAAACUGAGUUUUAAUAUUGAACUAGGUCUGAUUUAACUCAAAUUCAGUUUUUAGCACAACUCAAAACCAGUAAGAAGAGCGAGCCAGGAUCCGACUGGUUCGAUCGUACGGUCCGAUCAGAUUUUCAAAACAUUGAUUAAUACAGUUCAAUAAUUAAAAAAUAUAUUUUUAAUAAUGAAUAUUUUUACUACUAAAAAUAUACAUAUCAUCUUUAAAUCUAUUUCAAACAAAUCUCACAAUAUAAAAAAUAAUGGAUAAUAAAAACAUUAAAAGUCAAUAGUUAUAAUGUGAAACAAAAAAAAAUUAUACUAGAUUUAAAAUUUAUUAAGAUUAAAAACCUCAAACCCGCGCUUCUUAAGCGCAGAUCAAAAUCUAGUUAAUAUACUUAUAAGCCUAGAUCAUUAGGUUUUGCUAACACUUUAUAUUCAUUUGUUUUCUUAAUCAAAACGUAAAAGUAGAUGUGAAUUUAUUUUUUCUCAAAAAAUAGAUGUAAAAUCUUUAAUUAACAAGACGUCCCAUAAAAAAACUAAGACAUAGGCAAAAUAUUUCUAAAAACACGGUGGGUCAAAGAAAUUAGAUGGGUCUCAGUUUCCAUUUUCUCCUUUUCUGUUUCACACUGAAAUAAAAAUGAUGAUGGGACGUAUAAAAAGGUGAGAAACUACAAUAUGAAUAAUCAAAUCCAACUUGUUGCUUGUGACUUGUGACUUAACAUAAGAUAAGAACUCAUCCUUUCUUUCUCUCUCAGACACACGACCCACACACACACACACAAAGAUUCACAAGCAAAAUCAAGACUAAAAUCUAAAGAACGUCCUGACAUAAUUACACGAUCAAAAAUGGAGGGAGCGGCGAUGGCAGCGGCGAGUUCCUCAUCAUCACCAAGCCGCUACGAGUUGCAAAAGAGACGAGACUGGAACACUUUCCUUCAGUAUCUAAAGAACCACAAGCCACCUUUAACCCUGUCUCGUUGCAGUGGCGCACACGUCAUCGAGUUCCUUAAGUACCUCGACCAGUUUGGUAAGACCAAAGUCCACGUCGCGGCUUGUCCCUUCUUCGGAGUACCGUACCCACCGGCUCAGUGCACUUGCCCUCUCAGGCAGGCUUGGGGAAGCCUCGACUCUCUCAUCGGCCGUCUAAGGGCUGCGUUCGAGGAGAUCGGCGGUGGUCUUCCAGAGUCAAACCCUUUAGCUGCCAAAGCGAUUAGGAUCUAUCUUAAAGAAGUACGUGAAACUCAGGCUAAGGCUCGAGGGAUUCCCUACGACAAGAAGAAACGGAAACGACCUCGUACAGCUAAGGCAGCUCAAAAUCCCCAUGAUGGAUCGAGUGGUGGAGAAGGUGCCGGUGGAAGUGGUGAUUCUGCUUUGGUUGUUUCUGCAACUGUGGUAUAGUCCAAAUAUAAGAUGCUAAUUCUAAAUAUAAGAAAACUUUGGUAUAGUAAUUCUCUGGUGUUCUUUACUUUAUAAAUUUUAUAUGUUGUGUAGUCGUUUAUUUGAGUUGUAGAAUGCAAUUAUAAAUGGAAAAAGACGGAUCAUAGAUUAUUAUAACAUGGAUCUUAUUAUGUUUAGUUAUUUACAUCAUUUAUUUUUCACCGUGAUUGAUCAGUACGAAAGUGUAUAAUUGUGAUGUGUGUACGUUCCGAGUCUCGGGUCUCACGUGAAUUGUGAUUUCUCUCACAAGUCACGAAUCUUCAGGUGCUUGCUUUUAAAAGCUUGUAUGAUGAUGGAUUGAUGGUGAUGAUCAUCUUCCUAUACUCCCACUUUAUUUUAUUUUCUUCUUUACAAUUUCAACGUCUCAAGAAAUAUUUGAGUUCCCUUUAUAUGCUUCGACCUUUGAUUUUAAAAACCAUUUACAUUUUUUGUGUGCAAAAGAGUGUUUUUUUCACGUCUCCAGAAAUCAAGCAUUGUAAAUAGUUCUUCACAGCGUAAAUUGAAUAUAUAUAAUUUUUUUUUACAUAUAAUACGUAGAGAAGUGUGUAUGAUUGUUUACAUCAGGUUUCAUAAUAUUUUCUUUAGCAUGAUAGCACGUUAUGUACUUGUUAAUCUAGAAUAUAUAAAAGUUAUGAUAUAAGCAAUUGAAAGUAUUUACAUAAGAUUUUGAAUCACUAACUAUUAUAGUGUACCAAAUCAUUAUUUUAAUUAUUUAAUAUUUGUGAAAAUGUCAAUAUUGCUAAAACAUGAUAUUCCAAAUAAAAUUGAAAUAGAUAUAAAAUAAGACAAACAAACAAAAGAAAAAUGAUAAAAAGAAAAUCCAUUUGAUAUAUACUAACAUAAACAAUAAUUUGUGUAUAUGUAAUGCUCAUAUACUAUUAAUGUUUAUAUAAUUGUUUCCAAGGGGUAUUAAAAUUCCAAUUAAAACUACAAAAAAAAAACAUUGUUUUACUUUGUUCAAAAAACGUUAUUAACAUUACCAGUAAAGAAUGUUUAAUUUUGUAUAAAAAAAUAUUACCAAUUUCAAUGCAUUAUACAGUCAUACAAACUUCACUAUGGUAAAAUAUAACUAACUAGAUCAAGCAAAGAUAAAUUUAAUAUUCUAGAUUCCUUAUAUUUAUCAUCUCAUUAAAUAAAAUAUUACUUAAUAUUAGUAAAAAAAAUUAUAUUUAUUUUCAUUUUUCUUUUAUCAAAACAGUAUUCAAAAAUUUAAAUUUUAAAAAUUAAUUUUGAUUAAAUCUAAAUCUAAAUACGAUAAUAUCACAUAUAUUUAAAAUUAUUUAAAUAAAGUCUUUUCAGUUCAAUUGUACACACAACUAAUAUAUAAUUAUCACAUAUUUAUUUUAAAACUUUGUUGAGUACAAAGCAAAGUUAAAUAUUAUAAAUAUAUAUUAGUCGUUUUGCAUUUAGUUAAUAGACAUAUAAAAAACUUUUAAGUACAAAGCAAGUAAUAUUUAAUAUAACUUUCAGAAAGUAAAAGAAAAUUUUAAUACUUUACAAUUAUAUAUAUUAUUAUCUCAAUAUAUAAAGUGUUACUUAUUAUUACUUAACAUUAAUUGUAUUUCUUUUAAUUUUCCUAUAAAAACAUAUUUCAUAUUGGUUAAGUUUAUCAGCAUAAUUGUUUUAAGAGUUUAUCAACUUAUUUAUUGUGAGUAAAUUUUCUACUUAAAUAGUACACUCCUCGAUAUAUUUAUAUUUAAAAUAAUUAAAUAAAAUUAUUUAAAAUACAUAUGUGCACUUAAUAAAUAUAUAACCAUCAAGAAUUCAUUGCAAAACUUUGUUAACUAAAAACAAGGUUGAAUACUACGCAUAAUUUAAGAAAUAUAUAUAAUAAUUUUAAAGUAAAAAUUAAUAUUUUAAAUAAUAUAAAUAUGUUAUAAACAAUAUUUAUAAAUGUAUAUAUAAGAAAAUAUAUACUAAGUAAUAAUAAAAUUAAAGAGUACAAUUUUAUAAACAAAAAUAUGUAGGCAAAACAAAAAAAAUCAUAAAAUAUGCAUUUUAUAAAAAAAACAAAGUUUUUAUAAAUUAUUAAAUUUUGUAAAUUUAAUAUAUAUAUAUAUAUAUAUAUAUCUAUAUAUAUAUAUAAAUGUUUGUCUCCCUCCUGUUGCGCCACCUCAGCGCCAAGUCAGAAAUUCGAGUUCUGGCGUUGUGACACGUGUCCAGGUAAGUAAAGUUUUGCGUUUCAUUUAAUCUACGUGUAAUGGCCUUAGAUGGUUUGUUGUGUGAAUGGGCUUAAGACUCCGUAAGUUUUCCGGCCCAAUGAGAAGGAGUCUGUCCCUCUAACCCUAGCUGCAGUGAAGAAACGAAGUUCGUCUUCUUCUACGUGCAAUGGCCAGACUGUGACUUUUGCGAUUCUUCUCACGACCUGAAACAGUUUGAUUAAUGGCUUUGUGUUUAAUCCCAUUGAUUCACACCUCCACGAUGUGUCUACAAAGCGUUGUUUGGAUCUGGAAGUCGGUGUGGUUUUGGUAUAAAUAUAUAUCUGGCUUUUGGAAGGUCUGUAUGCGAACAAGAGGUGAGCUCACCAAUCUUGGACAAUAAGAGAACGAAGAAAAAGCGUUUCCACCGCCACACACCUCACCAGCCCCAAUGGCUUGAAUCAUAUUCUCUAUUCUUCUCUACUCAGUUGUUUUCUCCAUCUCUUUCUUUAUGUUCUCUUAUGGUUUUGUUUACAGAGCGUAUCAGCAUCCAGAUGAGCAACUUAGCAUAUAAUUGAGUUUAGCUCCAAGACAGAUCAAGAUUUGGUUUCAGAACCAAAGAACACAGACGAAGCCACAACUCAAGAGAGCUGAUAAUUGUGCACUCAAGGAAGAGAAUUAUAGGAUUCGUUAUGAAAACGAUGCCAUUAGAGAAGCUCUCAAAUACGCCACCAAAACUCUUACUUUGAUGAACAGAAGAUUUGAAUCGAAAAUGCUUAGAGAAGAGUGAUGUGAACAUGAUUUUCAGUUGGAUAAUAGCCAUCACAGCAGAGAUCAAGAUGGGACGCAAGUUAAGAAAGACAACAACGGAUGCGGUGGCGGAAAUUCUUGUGGUGCCGUGUUCACGCGGUGGUUUGUGGCGAGGUGAGGAGACAAGAGGGAUGAGAAGGGAGAUUGAGCAUGUUGUCUAGAAGUAGAUUACUGUUAUCCGCACUAUCAGAAGUUCUCUGACAAUGUAAACCAGUACUGAUUUUGACUUUUCAAGGGUAUCUACAGGAGCAUCACUUCAUCUUUCUACUUGCUCUGCUAGCCAUCUUUCAAUUCCUUGAAGCACGUAAACAUCAACUCCAAGAGUGAAGAUAGCUUUUACAUUCUUUUGAAAAUAAGGUAGAAAGAUGAUGAUCAAAUUUUUAGUAUGCUAUUAGAAGUUAUAUUAUUAUUGUUUUUCUUUAUGAAUUUAGUUUGAUACAUUGCUUAUUAGAUUCUGGUUGUUAUAUAUUAUUUAUAAGUUCGUCUCUUA